UGAAUGACAUUUCGCACAAUACGACGUAUAGACGGAAGUAGUUGACGCCAUAUUGCAUCUCAAUCUUUCUUUUCACUGAGCGUGCAGAAUCGAGAAGUUGUGCGUUUUCACUCUCUGUAAAAAAAACUCGAAAAACAAAAUGCCGAAAGAAAUCAAAGAAGUGAAAGAUUUUUUGAUCAAGGCGCGCCGAAAGGACGCUCGUGCCGUUAAAAUAAAGAAGAAUCCAUUGAACACCAAAUUCAAGAUUCGCUGCUCACGCUUCUUGUACACAUUGGUUGUUGCUGACAAAGAGAAGGCCGAAAAAUUGAAACAAUCAUUGCCACCAGGUCUUCAAGUUAAAGAAGUCAAAUAAACAAGCAAAUUAAAAACACCAAUUGCCCGUAUCGUCUGUUGCUCUUCAGUUAAAUUACCACCGUCCAACAAUCAACUGGAUUCACAUCAAUUUUGAAUUUAAUAUAAAAAAAAUUCAUCACAACAAUGUAUUUGCAGCGACCACGACGAUAAAUAAAAAAGCAUUUUUUUAACAAAUCA